CAGAUAACCUAUCAGUUGAUGGUAAUGGGAAGGUUGAUUUUGAUAAGUUGAUGGAUGGUGUGAAAGCUCUUACAGGAGGGGAGAUUGAUGCCAGUGAUGUGGGAGACAGUCUAGGAAACAUGGGACUAGAACUCACAAAAAAGGAAUUGUUGACGCUGCUGAAAAAUCUACCAAUAACUGCAGAUGGAAAGAUCUAUCAAAAUAGGCUAAUGGAUGCUGUUAAGUCUCUUAGAGGAGGAAUGGUUGAUGUCAACAAGCUGGACACAGUUCUGGGAAAUAUGGGCAUGAGCCUCAUAGAAGAGGAACUUAAAGAUCUGACACAGAAUCUUCCAGAAAAUGUUGAUGGGAAAGUUGCUAUGGAACAGGUUAUGGAUGCAAUGAAAUCUUUCACAGGUGAAAAGGUUGAUUUGGAUAACUUGGAAAACAUACUGAAAAAUAUGGGGAUUGAACUCACUGAUCCUGAAUAUACAAAGCUGGUGAAAGCACUGCCCGUUAGCGAUGAUGGAAAGGUGUAUCAAAAUAGGAUAUUAGAUGCCAUGAAGUCUUUAAAAAGAGGAAAAGUUGGUAUCAACAACCUGAUACCUCUUCUGGAAAAAAUGGGUAUCAAGCUCACAGAAAAAGAACUUGCACAGCUGAGAAAAAAUCUACCUACUGAUGCUGAUGGAAAAGCUGAUCUGAGUGAAGUAAUGGAUGGAGUGAAAGCUAUUACAGGAGAAAAGGCUGAUCUCAACAGUGUGAAAACUGUUCUGGAAAACCUGGGGAAAGAUCUCAAAGAUAAAGUAUUCUUGGACCUGAUAAAACGUCAUCCUUCUAAGGAAGAUGACAAGAUCUUUCAAAACAGGUUGCUAGAAGUUGUGAAGUCUCUAAAAGAUGGGAAAUUCAAUGUCAACGACUUGAGUGCUAUACUGGAUAAUAUGGGAAUCAAGAUAUCAGAUAAGGAACUUAAGGCUCUGACUAAAAAUCUCCCUGCUGAUGUUGAUAGGAAGAUUUCAUUAAAAAGACCAAUGAAUGAAAUGAAAGCUAAUUUUACAGGUGAGAAGAUUGAUCCUAGUGACUUGAAAAAUUUCCUGGGAAGCCUGGGGAUUGAGCUCACAGAUAAGGAAAAAGAGGAACUGCUGAAAACCCUGCCAGUUGAUGCUGCUGGGAAGGUAUAUCAGGAUGGGUUGCUGAAGGGUAUGAAAUCUCUCUAUGGGGGGAAGGUUCGUACAAAUGAGCUGGACAACACUCUAAAAAAAUUGGGAAUUGAGCUCACAGAAGAGGAACUUGCAAAUCUCUCAGAAAACCUAGAAGUUGAUGCUAAUAGGAUGGUUGGUCUGAAAGAGGUGAUGGAUGAAGUCAAAGUUACUACAGGAGGGGAGCUUGAUGCUAAAGAUGUGAAAACUCUUCUGAAAAACAUGGGAAUAGAAUUCACAGAUAAGGAACGUUUGAAGCUGAUGAAAAGUCUGCCUUUCAAUGAUGAUAACAAAGUCUUCAAGAACAGGUUGCUAGAAGGUGUGAAGUCUCUUAAAGGUGGGAAAGUCAAUAUCAACAACGUGGACACCGUUCUGAACAACCUGGGGAUCAAGCUUGCAGAUACAGAACUUAAAGAUCUAGUUGAAAACAUACAUGUUGGUGUUGAUGAGAAAAUUCCUCUAGAAACACUGAUGGAAAACAUCACAGAUUUUACAGGUGAGAAGAUUGAGUCAAAUAAUCUAAAAAAUGUUCUGGGAAAUCUGGGAAUUGAGUUUGCAGAUAAGGAACUAGAGGAGAUGCUGAAAAUACUGCCGAUUGAUGCCAAUGGAAAGUUAUAUCGUAAUAGGUUACUGAAGGCUAUGAAGUCUCCUAAAAGUGGGAAGAUGAAAACUAAUAACCUCUAUACUAAUUUGGAAAAUAUGGGAAUGAGGCUCACAGAGGAGGAAUUUGCUGAACUGUCAGGACAACUACAAGUUGAUGCAAAUGGGAAUGUUGAUCUGCCUAACUUGAUGGAAGCAGUGAAAGCUAUUACAGGGAAGAUUGACGUCAAGAACCUAGAAACCGUUGUAGGCAACAUGGGAAUCGAGCUCACUGACAAGGAACUGGAAGAUCUGAAACAAAACCUGCCCGUCAGUGGUGAUAAUAAAGUUGCUUUGGAAACUUUGAAGGAUAAAGCGAAAGCUUUUACAGGAGAAAAGAUUGAUGCCAGUGACCUACAAAAUAUUCUGAAAGACAUGGGGAUUGAGCUUACAGAUAAGGAGCACAAGCACUUGCUGAAAACACUACCCAUUGAUGCUCAUGAAAAGGUGUUUCAGAACAGGUUGCUGAAGGGUGUGAGAUAUAAUAAAAGAGGGAAGGUUGAUGUAAAUAAUCUGGAUCCUGUUUUAGAAGCCAUGGAGGUCAAGCUUACAGAACAGGAACUCAAUCUGUUAAAGGAUCUUCUGAGUGGCUAUAAGAAAGUUGAUCUGAAAAACCUGACGGAUAAGGUAGAAGCUGUUACAGGAGAGGAAUUUGAUGUCAAUGACAUAGGAACAAUUCUAAGAAACAUGGGAAUAGAACUCACAGAUAAAGAACUCUCACAACUGAUGAAAACUCUGCCAGUUGAUAAUGGAAAGGUCUACCAAAGAAGGUUGCUGGAUGGCAUAAAAUUUCUUAAAGGCGGGAAGAUUGAUUCCAAUAAAGUGAAUGCAGUUUUGGAAAACAUAGGAAUGGACCUUACUGAAAAGGAGCUUAAAGACAUAACACAAAAUCUGCCAGUUGAUGUUAAAGGUAAAGUUGAUCUGGAAAAGCUGAUGAAUGAAGUAAAAUCUUUCUCAGGAGGCAAAGUAGAUGCUAAUAAACUUGGAAGUGUCUUGGAAAACUGGGGGAUUGAGCUCACACCUAAUGAACUUUUGAAUUUGGUGAAGACACUGCCACUUGAUGCUGAUGGAAAAGUGUAUCAAAAAAGGUUGAUGAAGGACAUAAAGUCUCUUAAACAAGGCGAUGUUGAUGUCAACAAACUGGACACUCUUUUAGAAAACAUGGGAAUCAGCAUCAAAGAAAAAGAGUUCAUGGAUCUGAUAGAAAGACUGCCAGAUGCUGAUAAAGGGAAGGUCAAACUAAAUACAUUGAUGGAAGAAUUGAGAACUGCUUUAGGUGAGCAGAUUGAUGUCAGUGAUGUAUAUGAUGUGCUGAAAGACAUGAAAGUGGAAGUCACAGACAAGGAAUACUUUAAUUUUGUAAAAACUCUACCACUUGAUGCUGAAGGAAAGGUGUACCAAAAAAGGUUGCUGGAUGGUGUGAAGACUCUUAAAAGAGGAAAGGUUGAUAUGAAUAACCUGGACACAUUUCUGAAAAAUAUGGGGAUUGAGCUUUCACAUAAAGAACUUGAAGAUUUUUCACAAAACCUACCAGUUGAUGUUGAUGGGAAGGUUGAUCUGGAAAAUGUGACACUGAAAAUGAAAGAUUUUACAGGAGAAAAGGUUGAUGCCACUGAUCUAAAAAACAUUCUUGGAGACAUGGGGAUAGAAGUCAAUGAUAAGGAAUGUCUUGAUCUACAAAAAUCACUACCAGCUGAUGAUGAUAAGAAAGUUUUUCAGAACAGAUUGCUCUCAGCUUUGAAGUCCUUCAAAGGAGGGAAGAUUAAUGUCAAUAACCUGAACACAGUUUUGGGGAACAUGGGGAUCAAGCUCAAAAAUAAGGAGCUUAAAAGUGUGCUACAAAAGCAAUCUAUGGAUGCUGAUGGAAAUAUUUCUCUAAAAAAAGUGAUGAGUGAUGUGACAGCAGUUAUAGGAGAAAAAGUUAAUGUCAAAGAUCUGAAAAAUAUUUUAGAAGAUAUUGGGAUAGAAUUCACACCUCAAGAAUACCUGGAACUGGUAAAAAGUCUUCCAGUUGAUGAUUAUGGAAAUGUAUAUAAAAAUAGAUUGCUAGAUGAAGUGAAAUCUUUCAAUCGUAAGUAA